CUUUUCGGGCUCUGGCAACGGCUGCAUCUUGGAUUUGCUUUCACCACAGUUGGAAGAUACCGGCCUCAAGACGACGACUUUCCUGCAGCACUUCAAGGACGUCGUCACGACGAAGUUCACGGGGAGGGACCACCACCUGCCGCCGCUGCACCCCGCACACCCCGCCCACCCGGCGCACCAGCAGUCGGCCCUGCACCACCACCACCACCAGCAGCAGAGCUUCUCCACCAUUUUCCCCACGUAUCUAGGCAUGGACCGCUCCUCCGCCGUCGGCGGUUGCGGCGGGGGCGGCGGUCUGGGCGUGGGCGUGGUCACCAGCUCGGCCACCGCCUUGGGACCCGGUGGCCUGACCAACGGCGGCGGCGGAGUGGUCAGUGGCGCCCUCAACGGACUGGAGGCCAUGUCGGCCGAGUCCACAGGGCUGUGCCUGCAGGAUCUGGUGAGUGCCGGGACGGCAAAUGGAGCCGGCUCCGCAGGAUCGGCGGAGAGUGCCACCACCACCAGCACGGCGCUGAGCAGCGGCAGCACCGGCAGCUCCACGGUCAACGGAGGAGGCAGCAGCACCUCCGGCACGGAGCACCUGCACAGCCACCACAGCCUGCACGACUCCAGCUCGUCGGUCAGCAUCUCACCCGCCAUCUCGAGCCUGAUGCCCAUCAGCAGCCUGAGCCACUUGCACCACUCCGCGGGCCAGGACCUGGUCGGUGGCUACUCGCAGCAUCCGCACCACACGGUGGUGCCGCCGCACACGCCCAAGCACGAGCCGCUCGAGAAACUCAGAAGCUUGUUCUUUUCAGUUUGGGCCGAAACCGGCGAUUUCCGUGAUAGUCAUAGCUCCAUGACCGCCGUAGCAAAUAGUUUGGAUAGCACCCACUUGAACAACUUUCAGACGUCAUCCACAUCCUCGAUAUCGAACCGGAGUCGGGAUCGCAAAGAUGGCAAUCGCAGCGUAAACGAGACCACGAUCAAGACGGAGAACAUAUCAAGUUCCGGGCACGAUGAGCCGAUGACCACCAGUGGCGAGGAGCCCAAGAACGACAAGAAGAACAAGAGGCAGCGGCGCCAGCGGACGCACUUCACCUCGCAGCAGCUCCAGGAGCUGGAGCACACCUUCAGCCGGAACCGCUAUCCGGACAUGUCCACCCGCGAGGAGAUCGCCAUGUGGACCAAUCUUACGGAGGCUCGUGUUAGGGUGUGGUUCAAGAACCGGCGUGCCAAGUGGCGCAAGAGGGAGCGCAACGCGAUGAACGCGGCGGUGGCGGCGGCGGACUUCAAGUCCGGAUUCGGGACGCAGUUCAUGCAGCCGUUCGCGGAUGACUCGCUGUACAGCUCGUAUCCGUAUAACAACUGGACCAAGGUGCCAUCGCCGCUGGGCACCAAGCCCUUUCCGUGGCCAGUGAAUCCGCUCGGCUCGAUGGUGGCCAGCAAUCAUCACCAGAACUCGGUGAACUGCUUCAAUACGGGCGCCAGUGGCGUGGCGGUGAGCAUGAACAACGCAUCCAUGCUGCCGGGCUCGAUGGGCUCCUCGUUGAGCAACAGCAGCAAUGUGGGCGCCGUGGGCGCCCCGUGUCCGUACACCACACCCGCCAAUCCGUACAUGUACCGCUCCGCCGCCGAGCCCUGCAUGAGCAGCAGCAUGAGCUCCAGCAUUGCCACGCUGCGGCUGAAGGCCAAGCAGCAUGCAUCCGCCGGAUUUGGCAGCCCCUACUCCGCCCCCUCGCCCGUGUCGCGUUCGAACUCCGCCGGACUCUCCGCCUGCCAGUACACCGGAGUGGGCGUGACGGACGUGGUCUGAGAAAACGCCCUGGGUGCGCUGCUCAACCAGCACCAGCACCACUUGCAGCACUUCUCGGGCGGAUCGGUUGGCGGCACCGGAGUGCCGAACGGCAUGCAACAGCACUCCGGCAACAUGCUGCACCACAGCAACUUGGGCCUGGACCACUCCGACCUGGGUUUGGUGGGCGGCGUGGCGGCCAGUCACCAGGACGAGGGCAACCACAGUCUGGAGGGCAGCAGCAAGUCGCCCAUGGAGGCGCCACUGGCCAACAGCAGCAGCAGCAACAACAACAACAACAACAACAACAACAACAACGACAACGAUGACGAGGACGUGAUCGAUUGAAAAAACGCUCUAACUUAAAUCAAACUAAAGGCAGUCUAGCCCUAAGCAUUCAUAACUAAUUUUAGAUGUUUGCCCCAACUAAAGAUACAUAACAUAAAGCAAAUGCAAUGAUGCCCCUAACUAAGCAAAAAAGAAGAUACAAUUUUUUGAAGAACAAUAACUAAAUUUACCAGAGAAGAGUGCCAGAGAACUCUGUUUUAUUUGCAUUGAGAUUAGAUGCCCCUUUGUUCGAGCGCCCCCGAAAUUCAGAAAUUAAGUGUUUUUGUAAAUAAAAGCAAAUAUCUAGUGUUAAGCAGCGGAACCCCUAACUAAUCAAGCCAAAUAGCCAGCCCAAAGAACAUAUAGUCGCUCCUAGUUCCACCUUCAGUUCCCCCGUCGUAUAUAUCGUAUAUAUAGUAUAUAUCGUAUAUAUAUAUAAACCAGAAACGAGAAACGAGAAACGUAUCAAGAUUGUAAACAGCUAAGGCCAAAAAAGAACACUAAAGCUAAACUACACAAAAAUAUAUCAAGCAGUAGCAGUUUUUAAGGAGUUGUCUAGUCGUAUAGAUCCGCAUAUGGCAUAUACCCUGUAUACUGUCUGUAUAUGUAUGUGUAUAUGUAUAUGUAUAUGUACAUGUACAUGUAUAUCCCCUCUAAAGAGCCCCGUAUAAAUAUAAAUACUAUUUAAUAAUUGUACACUUAACAUUACUAGUUAUAGAAAUUGAAUCAAAAGAACAAUAAA